AGACUGGAACGAACGCUUAAUUCACUCUCGGCUUGUGUUCUGGACCGUGUUCAUUUUGAUAAGAGCAGAUUUUGGAACGCUAAACCCAGCCAAUCCUAUAAAUAGCGGACCCACUCCAGCAGCUGUGGCAGUUUGCUUUCAGCUCGGGUACGAGUGAGAUUCUUGAAACAGAUCACCGUCCCAGAAUGCAUCAGCGGAGUGAUGGGCCGCGUAGAAGCACAUGCGUCACGACCAAGUCUCUAAACCAUUUCAACUCGUCAAAGAAUGGGAUGGAGAUGGGACGGCUAAAUUACAGAGCUUCGCGUAAGCAGAAGGAAUCAAGGUUGCGGUGGGUUGAUGAGGACACAGAGAUAGAUAUGGAACAAAGCAGCAUCUCUAGUGAAGAAGCGGCUGGUUCUGGUUCAGACAGCGAACUUAGAGUUGGAGCACGGCAAGCACAAGACAUCUGGAAUAGACAAGAAGUGGAAGAUGGGCUGAAGGCCCUGCCUGGAAGCGAAGAGAUUUCCACACUGUUGGAAUUAGGAGAGGAGGCUGGUUUGGUGAAGCAUAUUAAUGGACAGACUACAGGACUUCUGAUGGCCUCCUGGAGAGGCAAUGCUCACAUGCUGACCACUCUGCUGGACUUUGGAGCAUCACCCAGUGUGACAGAUGCUGAAGGAAGGACUUCAUUACAUCUAGCUUCGUGUGCCACAGAUGCAGACUGUGUAAACAUUCUUCUGGAACAUGGAGCACCAGUACAAGUGUGGGACGCUCACCAUCGAGCUACACCACUGCACUGUGCUGCUAGUGUAGGUAACAUAACAAGCCUUCGUCUUCUCUUGAAAGCUGGAGCAGAUAUAAAUGCAGGGCUAGCAGGAAGAAGUGCACUGCAUUAUGCAGUACAAAGCUCUGCCAUUGACUGUGUUAGGGAACUGCUGAAAACUGGUGCCAAUCCCAACACACCUCAGGUAUACACAGAAACACCUCUCCAUGUGGCAGCAGCCAUGGGCUCUGCAGUAUGUGUUCGUUUGCUGUUAGAGCACGGUGCAACUGUACAGGUCCAAUUUGGACCCUGGAAAACAACAGCGUUACAUCUUGCAGCUGAAGAUGAAAAUGCAGAGUGUUCAAAACUGUUGUUAGAUGCUGGUGCAGAAAUCAAUGCACAAAACCAUCGUCAUCAGACACCUCUCCACAUCGCAGCAAUAUCCCAGUCUGGUGAGACACUUGAGCUGCUGUUACAACGUGGAGCUAACCCUAAUGCUGAAGAUACUGAUGGUCGAACACCACUGCACAGUGCCAUUGUGAAGAUAUAUCGCUCAUGUGAAUGUGUGCGUUUACUCCUUGAUGCUGGAGCCAGUGUUAACAAACCUGAUGCAUUUGGAUAUACACCCCUGCACAUUGCAGCACUCAAUGAAAUAUCAAGCUGUGUUUAUCUGCUACUGACCUAUGGUGGGGAUGUGACAGCAAGGACAAAUGGAGGAGUGUCAGCAUUGUCUUUCAUUGUCCGCCGCACUCCAGAUAUCCUGCCAAGGAUAUUGUCUCAACUGGAUGCUUCUAUCAAACUCCAUGAUCAUGAAAUUGGAGAUGUCGAUUGUGAACUAAAGCUAGAUUUCCACAUCCUGGUGCCGAGUGUUGAGCGUGGGGAGAGUGGACUGCUACUAACAUUCAUAGAAGUUGGCCAACGACACAUCUUGAAACAUCCAUUGUGUGAAAUAUUCCUCUUCUUGAAGUGGAAACGAAUUAGAAAAUUUUUCCUUUUAAGCCUUUUGUUUCAUACAAUCUUUGUGCUGCUCUAUUCAGGCUAUAUGGUGGGCGUAUUUCUGAGAAACUGUCCGAUGGCAGAGUCAAAUGAAACUCAGGAUAGUGAGAACAUAUGUGGUAUUCUCAUGGUGGUGAAAGUGACAGGCUAUGUACUGCUAGCUUUUGACACGUUACUGAUAGCAAAAGAACUGUUUCAAAUGGCUCACAGCUGGGCAGGCUAUGUGACCCACUGGGAGAACUGGCUCCAGUGGCUCAUCAUAAUCAGUGUUUUCCCAUGUGUGCUGCAUCAUCAUAGUGCUGAUGAUGUAAGCCAAGAUGUUCUCACUUGGCAGCAUCAUGUAGCUGCAAUCGGCAUCUUCCUCACAUGGAUAGAGCUUAUGAUGAUUGUAGGACGUUUCCCUAUAUUUGGACUCUAUGUACAGAUGUUCACUACAGUUGCUUUAAACUUUGCAAAGUUUCUGUUAGCCUACAGUUGCCUCCUUGUGGCUUUUAGCCUUAGUUUUGGUGUACUCUUCCCCAAUUACAAAUCUUUUAGAAACGUAGCCUGGGGACUCAUGAAAACAGUUGUUAUGAUGUCAGGGGAACUGGAGUUUGAAGACAUUUUCUAUGCAACAGAGAGCCCUGUAUUGUAUCCAAUUACAGCCCAUCUUAUAUUCCUUGCAUUUGUCCUUCUUGUGACAGUAAUCCUGACCAAUCUAAUGGUAGGCCUAGCAGUAAAUGACAUCCAAGGGCUGCAACAAUCUGCAGGCCUUGAUCGUCUUGUCCGUCAGGCUGAACUCGUGGCACAUCUUGAGAGUAUGCUAUUCUCCCGUUUACUUCGUUGUCUACCAAAUAAACUGUUAACACUCUGCCAUCGCAGUGCCUUGCUAACAAUUUCACCAUAUCACCGAUCACUAUACAUUCGUCCCAAUGACCCACGUGAAAGACGUAUUCCACGUGAGCUAGUUAAAAAUGCAUACCAUUUAGUGGCCAACAGGAAAGAGAAAUCAAGACACAAAUUUAGAUAUAGCUCCACAUCAUCAGACACUGCAAUGAGGUGUUCAGACACUGACUACAUAAAAAUAGUGUACCCCCAUUCAAGGUACUCAGCAAAAAGUGAGACUGAAUCAUACGGGACCACAUGUCCUAUUUCCAAGCAUCAGCAACAUGAACCAACAACAGAUCAACUGCUCAUCCACAUUGCUGCACUAAAUGACGAACUUCAGCAGCGUGAUAUUGCAACAAACCAGCGUUUGAAUAUAUUGACAGAUGAGAUAAAGGCCCUGAGGAAAGACCUAAAGUCAAUAUGAUGUCAUCCUCAGGGGAACAUCUAUUUGUUUAAAUGUUCAGUGCAAUGUUUUCAUCAUUUAAACAUUCUGAUUCAGAAUCACAAUCACACACAUUUAUUUUGAUAUGUAACCUUUUAAAACAUAAAGUUCGUCUAAAUAAUAUUUUGAAAUUUAAUUCCUACAUCAGAGACAACACAGUAUAGCUCCAUUACAAAGAUUGCACAGAAUAUACCAUUUAAGGAAACAAAUGGUGUUUAUUCUGAGACUCUUACAAAACCCAUAAUUACACUCUACAGACAAAAUUCAGAGUUAAUGAAUGUUAAGGCAAGUGAUACAGUCAUAAUUUUCUGCAUGGUAAAAGUAUAUGUUAAUUAUUAUCACAGUACAAUUCUCUUCAGAAAUGUAAAGAUUAAAACAUAAAACUAAAAUCAUGCCUGUUGUUUUAUUUGGAUAAAAAAUAAUAUGUCACUGUGAAGUAAGAGCAGAAAUUGAAAGUCUCUGAGAACUAUGUGCUAAAAAGAAUGUUUUGAACCCAACAGAUGUAAAGUAACAAGAAAGAGAGAAAAUUAUAUAAUAAAGAUCUUCAUUAUUUAUUAUUUUUACUCAUUAUUAUCAAGCUGAUUGCAUCAAUAUGCUGAGAAAAGAAACAAAUAAAAACUGCAUAUAGAAUUUGAUUGAAAACCCCUAUAAAAAUACUGGGAGAAUGAGGUUCAGAUGGGGAGUUAAUACUGAAACUAACCUAGAAGAAUUAAGUGUGAACUGAAUUCAACUGGCUGUUAGGGUAUGGUUCUAACUUUUGUGAUGAGUAACAACAGGUUAUUUAUCAAACUUCUGAGCCAUCAACUGCUCAGUGUAGGCUCUGUCUCUGUAAGGGAACCAAGUGCUUGUAUCAGACACGUUCAUAAAUUUUUAACACCUGA